CAUACAGGCGGGGACGGACCCUGCAUGCUGCCGCAGAGCACACGGAGCAGCCGAGGCUCGAAAACAGACCCAGAUAACUUGGCCAGGGGGGGAGGAAGGUAAUAAGAAGAAUAAUGCGGCACCGCCCGCGGACCCCGGCGCUGAUGUGACUGCGUUUGGAGCCGCAGAGAGGAAGCGGCGGACGCCACCAGCUGUGUCUGUCUGCAAGGGGACAUGUCCUCACUAACCGUGGAGGAGGAGGACCAGAAGUGGGAACCGACGCACGUCCAGGUGACGGUGCUGAAAGGCAGGGGCUUGCGGGGAAAGGGCAAACACGGCACCAGCGAUGUGUACACCAUCAUCCAGCUGGGGAAGGAGAAGUACUCGACCGGCGUGGCGGAGAAGACCACCGAACCGGAGUGGAGGGAGGAGUGCUCGUUCGAGCUGCUGCCCGGCGCGCUGGAGCGCGGGGGGAGUAACGAGCUGGUCCUGACCGUGAUGCACCGGGCGCUGAUCGGGCUGGAUGUGUUCCAGCUGGAUAAACUAUUCCAUGAAAGCAGAUACGUAAAAAACGAAUGGUAUAGACUCAACUCCAAGACGGGAAAGAAAGAGAAGGAGAGGGGAGACAUUCAGGUCACCAUCCAGUUCACCAGAAACAACCUGACGGCCAGCAUGUAUGACCUGGUCAUGAAGGACAAGGGAGCCUCCACCUUCAGCAAACUAAAGGAGCGCAUGAAGGGGAAGAGGAGAUCUAGCGAUGAUGACUCUUCUUCAGCUGUAGUGCAAGGCGGAUACAGCACCCUGCACAGGAUGCGCCACAGACUGCCGAGUGAUGGCGGAGGAGAGGAGGACUAUGAGGACGAUGAGGGGGGUGAGGUCCGGCGGAGCAAGAUGAGGACCUUCUUUUUAAGAGGGAAGUUACGGAAGUCAUCAGACACUCGCUCCAGCACCUCUCUGGGCUCUGAGAGCAGCGAGUCGUCGUCGCGGGGUGGGAGCCUCAGUCCGACCGCUGGAAUCAGUGUGGUGGUGUCGGACCUGUCCAACUCCCCCAGCAACAGCAGCAACUUAACUGCAGACAACAGUCCAGAACACACAGCAAACACGUCUCCUAAAUCAUCCUCUCUCAGAUGUGAUUAUGGUGAUGAGGCUGGCGAAAUCACCAUUGCAGUGCCGACGGUUUGCGUUAAUGGAAGCCAUGCAUACAAAAACCAGGCCCAGGAUCGAGGCUCAGGAAAAUCAGCAGGUACUUUAGGCCUGGGACUGUUGCAGAAGUCAAUGCCCCACUCCGUUUCACUGCAAAACCUCAGUACCAGGUCCUUCACAGACCUGCCCAAAGGCCCCGGUGGAGACGGGCGUCGCUGGUCUUUUGACAGGGCUGGCGAGGAGGAGAAGGCAGCCAUUGCAGCAGCCCUGGAGAAAAGUGGCCCCAUGCUGGGUGAAGAAGAGGAGCGGCCAGAACAGGCAUCACUGCCAAAAGCUUCUAAGGCGGAGUCGGAGAAUCAGGUGAAAAAGCAGAGGAAGAACUUGUUCUCACAUGGGCGGAGUGAGUCUGCAGGGAAGGGUCAGAGUCAGUCCAAAGACGUGUCUGAACAGAUCUCGGCUGCCACCGAGGAGAGACACAGAGCCUGGUUCGGAUCAAAGGAGUCGCACAACAAACCCAGCCUGGUGGUCUCCACUAAAUUAGAGCCAAGCACUUACCCCCACCCAACACCUCUUCCACUUACUCGCCACCCCUUGGGUGCCCCUGUUGAUCCUACCUCUUUGGUUUCCACACUUCACCACACUAACCCCUUUUGCUGCACACAGAGUACACCACCCCCCUUACCCUGGUGCAACCCUUUCUACUCCCUCCUACAGCACAACCCCUUCUUUACAGAUAUGUUAACCAAUGAGCCACUAAAUUCUUCGCUACCUCCUUUGCCUUAUCUUUCCAGCUCCCGGCCCCCCAUAACUGAUCUCUUUCCAAAGUCAAGUGAUUCCAAUCUGACCCAAGAUGACGCAUCAGUAGGGGCCACUGACACUACAAUGGAGGCAAAAGGCAAACUUGAGAAAAGACCACUUCCUCCGAUUCCCUUGGAAAGAGAGAAACCCCUCAUUGAAAAAUCAGCAAACCCCUUUAUGUCUGCUGAUGAGCUUGAACUGGGAUCACAGUGGGAAGAAUCCUUUGAUGCAUUUGCAGCUGGGAGGCUGCAGUCUCCCGAGGACCUCACCAUGGAGUACAGAACACAGCAAAAUACAGUCAGUGACCAUCCACUGGAACACGACCAUAAUAAAGGGGAAUUACAAUCCCACCCAGAUGCUGAUGACCGCACAAAUGUUAACAACACUCUAUAUCAUCAGCCUGGGGACAGGUUUUUCUCCAGUGCACUUUCAGUCCCCAGCCAGUUAAAGAAUAAUAACACACAUAUUAUUGAUACUUUCCCGCCAUUCCUUGAAACAAUUCCAGAACAAAGAAGCUUUGAAAGUGAUGACUCAACCUUAAAUACUCCCACUAACUCUCCUGAACUGUGGGAUUUCCAAGUAGCUGCACAAGACAAAAAUAUUCCCAAUGAUUUCUCUGACACUAACGUCAAUAAAGCUCCCUUCAACAUCUCAUCUGCUCAAAUCAAUGAGAACAACAGUUCUCCAGACCCCAGCUCCUCCGGGCUCGGCAGUUCAACCGAAGAAGACGGCCUCUCCUGCUUUUCAUCUCAGUCUGAGAAGUUUUCUGCGGUCUCCUCAGAAGAAGCUGAAGGCAACAUCCCACGCAUCAAAACCCCAUCUGAUUCAGCUGUGGUUGAAAAUGUAAAGACCUCUGAGUCAGGAGACAGUCUCAAUGACAGGUCAGGCAAUCAGCCUUUACUUGACGAUGCCAAUCAAACGGUUAUUCAGCAGGAGGAGAGUCCCGGACAAAAGGUUGUUUUCGACUUCUUGGACGAGUCUCUUCAGACUCCACCACCAACUCUUAUGGCAUCUGAACAGGAAGCAGAAAGUGAACAUGAGGACAAUCAAACACCUAAAACCUUUUCAAUGAGCCCUGAUCUGUUGUCAACACUACAACCAACAUCCCCUCUACCUCAGCAAUCAACUGAUGGCUUGAAAGAAGAAAGCACAGAUUUGACUGUGGAGCCAUCUGAUGAGUUCAACCCUUUUUCUAAGAAUAGCACUGAAGGAGUUAUCCCCGGAUCUCCAGAGGAUGAAUUUUCUUCAACACUACCAUCAGUACACGUCACAACCUCAUCCCCUGAUGUCAAGCACGAUUCCUCGGAUUUGACGAUUGAGAAGACUAGCUCAGGGGGGCAGGAAGCUAACUCAUACGCCCAUGUUGAUUUGGGGAUUUUUGAUAAUUUCCUCAACAUCAGUCGCAUUGCAAGCACUCCUGAGCAGGACAGCACUUUGUUGCCAGUACAGUCUGAUUAUAGUAGCAACAGCUUACUCCAUAGCCAUUAUUUCAGCACUGACUCGCAGGAUUAUCUGACCUGUGACUCUCAACCGCUCUCCAAAUGGUCCAGCUUUUCAGAGCUAAAUGGAACCCUGUUCUCAGCCAACUCAACUCUCUGUGUUGAGAUGGGUGAUGUUAAGGCAGACCCCUUUGAGCCUCUAGGGACGGACAAUACAAAUCUAUCCCAGACUUCCAACUUUGAGAUCAACCAGAACAAGACAUUUGAAGAAUCCCUCUUUGGGGAUCAAGGCAAAGCAGUAGAUCUGGAGUCAAGCCUCACAGUGGGGGAUGGAUUACAAGGUUUGCUUGCCCCACUGCCAGGCAUGAGCUAUAAUCCACAGAUCCUCAGUGAAGUAGGGGAGGAAAAUCAGGAUGACUUCCUCCUAAAAUGUCCAGAGGGACAACAUGCUACACUACAGCGCUCCCAUUCCGAGGGGACCCUCACCCCUGCCAUUGAACAACAACUCCUACCCUCUUUUGGAAGUGAUCCCUGCACAAUACAGGAAUCCUUCUUAGCUCAACCAGGCCCCAACUUUCCUUCUCCUAACCCCUUUGCUCCUUCUCUAACUCCUGAAAGCAGUAGCUUCCAUGUAGCGCUCCCCACCCACCCUCCCUUUGCAACCGUUUCAGCAACCGUGCCGCCGAGCUCAGCACAGGGUGCCGUGCCAAACCCAGAUGUGACAGAGCAGCUGCAAGCGGCAAAUCCGCCGUGCAGCCCCCACCCGGUGAAGCCCCUGACAACUGCCAUGGUGGCUGAGGAGAAGCGGUCAGUGCUGGCCACGGGCCUGGAAAAGCUAAAGUCCACCAUUCAUCCUGGGAGGAGCAGCCAGAUCACUGAACAGGAGGCAGACAACAAGAAGUCUCUGACAGAAGGAGCAGGCUCGUACUACCACCUGACUCACAGCGAACUGGUGGCCCUGCUGGUGCAACGUGAGGCCGAGCUGGAGAGGCAGAAGGCCGAAUUCGAACGUCAGAAACUCUUACUGGCCAAGCGGGAGGUGGAGCUGAAGAAGCUUAAGCCUCAGGUCCGAGACCUGGAGGACUACAUUGACACCCUCCUGGUGCGCAUCAUGGAGCAGAAGCCUACGCUGCUGCAAGUGCGCUCCAAGUUGAAAUGAAGAAAGAAAAAACAAAUGAGGAUGCGGCCAUUUUAGUUCAUCUAUUCACUUGAAAACCCCCACAACAGCUGUUUUAGUCUCACUGCUCCGCAGUCCUUUUUGAUACAGGGGUUUAGGCACAGAGAGGCCAUGUUUUCUAGCCGGCAUGCUUCCCCGCUCUGAAACAAAUCCUCACCAGCAGGUUUUGUUUCCCGAGGCUGUGAAUGUAGCGCAUCCUCAGGUUGUCUUCAGGCUCAAGGAGCCUGAUGGAGGGUUCCAAACCCAGAUGCUUCCAGUUUAGCAUCCUGAUCUGAAUCCCUCUUUCCACUGCGCCUAUCACCUUUGUCUCCUCGUCACUAAAGAGUCAUAGUUAUAGGUUUUAAAUCCACAGCAGUGAACACUUUACCAAAUGUGGAAAUUUAGAAAUCUUCUUGCUUUGAUUUGUUCAAUAACAACAGACUGUCAGAUCGGUGCAAGGCAUUUUCAUGACAGAUUUCCUUAUUUAAAGGCAGAAGAUGUCUGUUUCCUCGUGUGCCUAGAAACUGCUUGCAGGUUUUAACACUUAUGUUGAAACUAGAGGUCUUUAUCUUUCAUUUCAGACAGGAAUCCGCAGGUUCUGUUUUCAUUUUUCAUAAAAUCGACUGUUUAUCAGAACUUUCUUAAAGGGAAUCCCCACCUUCUGCACAGUGCUCAAUUCUAAAAGGCAAAGGCAGCAGAGCAAGCCAGUGAAUUCAACGUCACUGCAAGUUGAGGCUCGACCACAAAAUAUGUCAACUGCAGGCAACAAUAGGGAGGAAAAGGAAGGAAAUAAGCCUGAAAUCAUUGUAAUGCAGUGCUUUACAGCACAAGAAGCCUUAAACCGUUUCUGUCUGUCACGUUACAUCUAAUAAUCUCCAGUUUUCUUUUAAUUAAGACUUUUUGUGACAUAUCAGCUCAAAAAAAUUAAUAAUUGUGAAGUGAAAGGAAAUUUGUACUUGCUUUAUAUUGAAAUAAAUAAAUCAGAAAAUGUUGCCGUUAAUAUUUACUCUGCCACCUUUACCCCGAUACUUAUAAAUAUAUCCAGUCCAACCAACUUCCCCAGAUGUCAUGAUUUGAUCUGGAUUUUUUUGCAUGUUCAGGGAGGGUUUAUUUCAGGAUUUCUCUAUAAUAAGCUCCAUCAAAACUAACCUCUGAUUAGCUUCCAUUGCUUCCUCUUCCCUCACCCUCAACAUAAUGCUGCCUUUAGUAGUUUUCCAUCACUUACGCAGCUGAGCUCUGAUGCCUUUGGAUUUUUCUUACAUGUAACCGAGUUCAGGGGUUCAAUUAAAUAUGCCCCAACAAUUUAAGAUUUUUUAUUUUUUUUGGGAUAAAAUUUAGAAGCCAUAUGAAAUUUUCCUUUUACUGCACAAUUGUCAACCCAUUUUCUGUCCCCAGUAAAUGCAUUGUGGAUAUUUAAAGGGUAAAAUAUUUUGCUGAGGCGCCGUAUGUUCGAGAAAUUCAGUUUGAGUUCGAUGAUCAAUGUAAGAGAAAUAUACAAAGUUUAUUUUUUAUUGCCUCCUCACUUUUUUCUGGUAAUACUUUCUACACUCUAAGGAUAUUUUGAUUUUUGGUGCAGAGUUCUCUUACUACUAUUAUUAUUAUUAUUAUUUUUUUUUUUUUUUUGACAAACUGUAAGCCAAAUGAGACGGAUUAGCAGCUGACUUUCACCUGCACAUCACUGAGAACGGAUGUGAAUGUUCAAAAGUGUUCUUAAGCCAAUAGGUUUCAGUUUUUAACACAGGAUAAGUGCUUGUUUAUCUUAAGCUCCUCCCCCCAACGAUGUAAACAGAAUUUCACUGUCAGGUGAAGACAGUAUCGUUCGCCAUCUAGAUCAGGCCUUAUCAUCCUUCCUCACACAUGUGCGUUAUUCACACAGACUGCAGCUCAUUGGGGGGGGGGUGCCUGCGACAUGCCGCUGCUUGACUUCCCUCCCUCAGUGUCUCUCUUUGUUGCACAUCCUAAUCUGCUCUGGCAUGUGUAGCGCUUUCAGGUGUCACAAAGGGACUGCAGUUUUCCCGCAUAUACACGUUUUAAAAACGCCAAACGCUGCCUUAUUUCAUUUUUUUUUUUGGUAAUUGUUUCUCUUUACAAUUCAUUUAUCUAGCACUUAUUUUUAUUUCAUUUUCAGGCAUUUCUUGAAAACCUAAAAACCAUCUGUUUUGCUGAAUUCUAUUGUUUCUGAAUAUAAGGUUAUUUUGCUUUGUGAUAUUGGUUAGGUCACUGCACAAAAAUCAAAUGUAUGCAUACAAAUAGAAAAGGAAUAAUUACAGUGAUUAACUGUGAAAUGCCAAAAAAAAUCAAAUGUAACAGCCUUUUGAAGCUUAAUCUAUAGAGCUGAUUGAUUCACCGUAAAGUAUUCUGAUAUGAUGCCACCUUAAACAGCAUUCGUGGAUGUUCUUGCACUACUUAUUCGAUAGAAUAACUGCUGUACCUGUCUUUGUGAUAUUGGUAUAGUUAGGUCAACUUCACGUCGUAUUGCACUUUCUAAUCGCUCUAUGGUUAAGAACUAGGCCUUCUUUCCACACAUUCAUGAUUUGCCAGUGAGCUCAAAGCAUCAAACGUAAAAAAAUAAAUAAAUAAAAUAAAUCACCUUUGUUGUCACAUUCGUUCAGCGGGGUGAUCUCGAUAUGAAGGGUUGAGAUGAUUCUAGAGGAGGUGCAAUGCUCCCAGAGUGCAGGAACAACAACUUUCUUUCAUGUCUUCCGUUUGGCGAGGUUUUUAUUUAUCUUUGAAUCGACUGUGUUUUAUCCUUGAGUGUGAUGCUGGUGGAAUGUGCUCAGUGGGGUAUGUAAGACUGGAACGUUUACAAUACGUGAUGCAAUUCUGUUUCACAAAUUUUGUAUAUUUAAUAAAGAGUAUUUUGUGUU